GGUCAUCUUCUACCACGGAGGGCAACGGACUGAACCAGUGGCAGACAUGUCGUACUGCAAACAGGAAGGUAAGGAUCGCAUCAUCUUUGUGACCAAGGAGGACCAUGAGGCACCCAGCAACGCUGAGCUCAUUGCAGAUGACCCCGAUGAUCCUUAUGAGGAACAGGGUCUGAUUUUGGCUAAUGGAGACAUCAACUGGAACUGCCCGUGCCUUGGCGGCAUGGCCAGUGGACCGUGCGGCUCUCAGUUUAAAGAGGCCUUUUCCUGCUUCCAUUACAGUAAGGAGGAGCUGAAGGGCUCCGACUGCAUCGACAACUUCCGCGGUAUGCAAGAGUGCAUGCAGAAGUACCCCGAGCUCUACCCUCAAGAGGAAGAUAAAGAAAGCUCCUCCGAAGCAGAGUCCAACUCUGGUUCUGGUUCUGCUGCCCCGACUGAGGGCUCCGCCUCGCCCCCUGAAACUGACUCUCUCCCUGCUGCUGCUGCUGCUGAUGCUACCACCUGCUGA